CGUGUCCUAUAUGUAUAUGAUAAUGUGUGCGAAUGGUAUGGAGUUUAUUUAGACAGACAGACAGACAAAGAGCUUGUUAUUAGCAUGUGGAGAAAUUAGCAAAACAAGCAGCUACCGCCGGUUCUAAAUAGACAAGGACUACAGAAGAUCUGAGGAAGUGUGUGUCAGUCAUUUAGGAUUCAGCCUGUGUGCUCAAAUAUCUCUUUAAGGCAAUCAUGGCGAAGGUUCCUGUGGGAAAAGUGCUGCUUCGCAAUGUCAUCAGACACACUGACGCCCACAACAAGAUACAGGAGGAGUCAGAGAUGUGGAAGCUAAGGGACAUGGAGCGGAAGACCUCGUCACCUCGUGAAUCAAAGCACAGCUGGAGCACAAGAAGCAGCAUGCACUGUGACCGAUAUCUGAAAGAGUCAGAAGGGCCCGCACGUGGCAGGCUUGGUGAAAGAGCAUGUCUUUCUGAGAGAGAUGAGCGAGAGGCUCGUUACUGGACACGAAAACUUUAUGAAUUUGAGGCCAAUGAUCCAGACAGAUGGGGACAUAGUGGUUUUAAGGAGCUUUAUCCAGAGGAGUUUCAAUCCGACAGAGAGACAGAUGAUGCAAAACACAGAAGAAACGGCAAGGACAAAACGUCUACUGAGAAACAAAAGAAGACCAAGAAAUCCUCUAAGCGAAAGAAGAAAAAAAAGAAAACGAAGCAGAGGACUGAAGGGUCAGAGUCAGACAGCAGCGCCACAAACGGUGCCAAAAGGAAGCGGAAAAGCGGUAAAAGCAAACACCGCAGGAAAAAGGCACACAAACACAAAGUGACGGAAGCGGACAGCAGCACAGACGACUGCGAGUCAGACAGAGGGCGAGAAAAGACGCGGAGGAAAAGACACGGAACUGUAAUAGACACACAAACAGAGCCUGAAAGGAAAAAACGGAAGAACUGGAAAGCAGCGAAUGAAGAGAAAUCAGAGGAUAGCUCUGAGGACUGACGCACUAUAUCAUGAACCUCACUGUUCAGUCAUUCAGUUUGAAGAAUUUGAAUCGUUCACUCAUCGAUGUCAAUUACCUCCAUCAGCGCGCAGUCCGAUCUGGACCAACUGGACACUUGAUAGAUCUUUUUUGUAACUAUGUGAUGCAAAUGAUUUUAUAUUAUUUUUAACGAUUUAGACACGUGGUUGUAUAUGCUUUGUAGUUUUUUGUAUAGAUUUUUGAUGAAACUAUUUUUUAAACCGAAACUCAGGUAUUUAACUCCCAAAUGGAAGAUAAUAGAAAUACCCAAGACCAUUUGGGCUUCAGAUGAAUCAGUGUGUUGUGUGCUUUUAUUUCAUCGUUUUAGCUACGUUCUCACAUGAUUUUAUGUCCACAAGCUGCCUGACGCUGUACUAUGAAGUCACCACAAGGCGUUUCUACUACUGGUUGCCAUAGUUACAUUGAUCAGUGUGCACUGAUCACUAGCAUUCCAUUUUUUGACAACAAAUCAGUUUUCUUGGGGCAAAAAUUAAACAUUCUGGAGGGGAGACCAUUUGUAUAUAAAAUUUACCAGUGUAUGUAUGGUAAAUGGUCUGCACUUAUAUAGCGCUUUUUUGAAUCUUAGCGGGUCUACAAAGCGCUUUACAUUGUUUCUCAUUCACCCGUACACACACACACACCAGUGGUAGCAGAGCUGCCUUGCAAGGCGCUAGCUGCCCAUUGCGAGCAACUUGGGUUCAGUGUCUUGCCCAAGGACUCUUCGGUAUGUGGGCUGGGAAUCGAUUAGUGGACAACCCUACAAUUAAUGGACAACCCGCUGUACCACCUGAGUCCCAGCCACCCGUGCAUCAUAUCCUACAAGAUGAAGGAGAAGCAGUGUGUCACUCCGCCAAGGAUUUUGUGAUUUUGCAAUCGCAGAAAUUAACGCAAAAUCGAAUAAACUCCGCAAUAUUGAGAGAAUCUUGCAGUUUUUCAAAACGAGCACAGAUUUGGGGCCAAGACGCGUCAUGUGACAUGUCAUCACAACGCACAUUCAGUCAACGCCCUC